AUCAAAUAUGGAUGAAUCAAAUUUUCAAGAUACUAAAUUUAAGGUAUUAGUAAUGUAUAAUAGUGUAGAAGAGUUAAGUGAUUCUAAUAGCAAUGAGUUUAAUAAUACUGAAAAUAUUCCUAAGCUUUUUGUUGACAAAACUUUUCAAGAUUGGAAUCAAGUAGAGAAGUUUAUAAAAAAAUAUGCUUCUGCCAAAGGCUAUAAAGUACGAAUUGGUGAUGGUAGAAGAAAAAAUGCAGAGACUUAG